GUACUUUCUCGACUGUUUUCUGAACUCUGAAAGACCAGUUCUCGAUCAUUCCUCGGUCAAGGCAUGCGGUGGCUCGCUUUAUCUUAUAAUUUAGCUUAAUAUAAUGCUUCAGAACAUACCUGAUGCUUUGACAACUGAAGACGCCACACGACUCCGAGAUUCGUUUCGUGUCUCACCAAGAGAUCAGGUCAAAUGUGCUACUUCUGCACGCCUUUGGGAGGAAUUACUUGAACGCUAUCGUCUUCCGUUCUUGCUGCUUCGCGUAGCGGAUCUGCGCUUCAUAACGAGGGGGCCAGGCUCUCAAAUGACGUCGCUCCACCUUUAUGUCGAGCUCGGGAAGAUGAUUCAAGACGAAAUUUAUGAUGUGUGGUUAUCUCAGCUUCUGGAUUCGGUAACGAAACAGACGAACAAUAUGCUAUCUGCCUACAAAUCUGCCCAAAACAUUACUCCUAAUCAACACUGGCGUCGGAGAACGUCCGAAGACCCUUUCCCUUAUUGUCGUAUGCCAAAGGCGUUUAUCGACGAGUUGCGCCAAAAUUGGAAGAAACUUAGUACCAUGGACUCGUCGGUUUUGUCCAAGUUCAUCAAUCUUCAUUGCCUGGAGACCAACGUCAUCGAGGGCACUGUCCAGUUUGAUCCAACAGCAACUACCAUGCUCGUUCAAGUAGGCUUCCUUAAUGAAGCCGCCCCAGGACAGAUUACAGACUCUAAUAUCAUAUCUGGGACUGUGAGGCAGAGUCGGGAUGCCCUUUUGAUUCUUCAAGACACACAUAAGGCCGUAGACGAAAUCUUUGAACUCGUAAAAACAAGGCCUGUAGUAAUCACCCCCGAGUGGGUAUGCUGUCUGCAUAAGAAAAUGAUGGCUUCGAGUCGUGUCAAUGUCCUGGAUAUGAAUGGGAAUCGCAAGUUCAACCAUAUUACUAUCGGUGCAACGCGACAGUUGUCUUGCGUAAACGUCGCUAUACAAACAUCAUUUCAAGGACGUCCACUUAAGGUUCAAUUUUGUCCGUAUGACUCGGUUGACGCUGAGCUUGCUACAUUUUGCAAGCAAUGUACUGUUCUGUUGGAAAGGAACGACGUUGACCCUUUCGCUGCCGCUGCUUGGAUUAGCCACAUCUUCAUUACUAUUCAUCCGUUUGAGGAUGGCAAUGGGAGGCUCUCAAGGAUGCUUGCUUCCAUUCCUCUUUUGCUGCAGGAGCUGCCGCCGAUUUGCAUUGGUUUAUCUGAGAAAAGUAAUUACAAUGGGUUUCUCAACGCAACUCGAUCUUACCGCAACGGAGAUUAUGAAGAACUCAUGAAAGUUUUACAUCAGGGGACUUUAUCGUCACUGUCUCAACUUAGACUUCAUCUCAGCGGGCUGCAGUUCUAGAGCAGAGACGAGGGGGCAGGUCGUUGGAUGCCUUCGGACUGAAUCAAAAUUUCGAUUUCCUUUCUAUUUAGUAUACAUGUACAUAGGCAAAGAAAGUACUAUAUUUCAACUUCUAUGUACUACAUGUGAUGACAG